CAACCCAUACCACAUUUACAACUGGCCUUAAGCCUUUUCAAUUUUUUAAUAUUAUCUCACCUCCCAAACACGCCUCUAUAUAUCCCCUAUACACCACACCACUAACCAUCUCCAACACAAAACUCUUGUUUAAUUUGCCCACUUUUCUCCUCGUAUUGCAUUCUUCAUUUCUCGUUCAUUCCUCCUACAUUGAGUUCCCCGAGCUACUUUCGAAGAAUCGCUAGAAGAGAUAUCUUGAAAUGGGCAAUUACGUUUCUUGCACCUUGUCGGGGCCGGCAGGCAGGAACUCCAGCAGGGGAACGAAGGUGAUUCUCGCCACCGGCGAAAUACGCCAUUUUUACGAGCCCACCAACGCGGCGGAGCUGAUGCUGGAAUCGCCGAACCACUUCGUGGUGAGCGCCAGGGGUUUACAGAUGGGCCGGAGAUUCUCGGCGCUCAACGCCGACGAGGAUCUGGAGAUGGGCAGCGUUUACGCCAUGUUCCCCAUGAAGCGGCUGAACUCCGCCGUCACCGCGGCGGAUAUGGGCGUUCUGUUCCUCGCCGCUAAAAGGGUAUCCCGUGGAAGCGUGAGAAUACUGCCUGAUCAUCAGUUGAUCAGUGACGGCGGUCAUAAUCGGGACGAUUUGCCUAGGUUGAAUUUGGAUGACAUCGAAGAGUUGUCGGCGCCGGAGUUCAAGCACCGGCUGUCUAUGUGCAGGUCGAAGAAGCCUAUGUUAGAGACCAUCAUGGAAGAACCAGUUUAUUCGAGAUGAUCAUUGGAUUACUAAUUCACUUUUCUUUUUUUUUUUUUUUGGAUUUUAGCAAAGAGGAAAUUCAAUUCAUUCUUUA